GUUGCCGUUUGCGGAUGUACACAAAUGUGUCUAGCUUGCGCCGGAGAAACGGCAGGGGUCGCCAUUUAUAGCCUUUCUGAUUUUUUUCGGCGAUGGCUCGAAGUUUUAUUUACAUUUUAGUGAAUUUGCGAACAACUAUGCCUGGUUCACACUCGUGAUCGACGUGGAAGUUGACUGGGCUCCCUCUGAUCACAAGUUUUGUUCAGUUUAUUGGUGUAGAACUUUGUUCAGCCUUUAUAAUUGUGCAGCACUACUGGAGCUGUUCGCCGAAGUCGUUUGACGGAUCUUAUGUGGAUUUACGGUCCAGUUUCAAGAUGAGUUUUAGCAGCGAUGAGGUUAACUUCCUUGUGUACAGAUACUUGCAAGAAUCAGGGUUUUUCCACUCUGCAUACACAUUUGGCAUCGAGAGCCACAUUAGCCAAUCAAAUAUCAACGGGGCCCUUGUGCCCCCUGCAGCACUACUUUCGAUAAUUCAGAAAGGGCUGCAAUACACAGAAGCAGAAAUUAGUAUAGGGGAGGAUGGAUCAGAGCGAAUGAUAGAAUCCCUCUCACUCAUCGAUGCCGUAAUGCCUGACGUCGUCGCCUCCAGGCAGCAGCAGGCUCAUAAUAGCAAGAAUUCGGCUGUGGUGAAAGCAGAACCCAACAACACUAAUGGUGAUGAUGGAAGUCACAACUUUGCGAUCAAGCCACAGAUUCCGGACAAAUCUUGCCGAUUACGUUUAAUGACACCACAGAGCACUGAUGGUGAAGGCACCUGUUCCCAACCAUGUGCAGCCAAUCAUAAUGAGAACAUGGAGGUGGACGGCAAUGUGGAGAUUCCGAGCAGUCGGGCAACCAUUCUACGGGGUCAUGAGUCGGAAGUGUUCAUCUGUGCCUGGAAUCCAACCUCCGACCUCCUGGCAUCCGGGUCUGGAGAUUCCACCGCACGCAUAUGGAACAUGAAUGACAACAGUCAGAGCCCGAAUCAACUUGUGCUACGGCACUGCAUUCAAAAGGGUGGAACGGAAGUCCCAAGCAACAAAGAUGUUACAUCUCUUGAUUGGAAUUCCGACGGCACAUUGCUGGCAACCGGGUCGUACGAUGGUUUCGCACGGAUAUGGACAACAGACGGGCGACUUGCAAGCACGCUCGGACAGCAUAAGGGACCAAUAUUUGCGCUGAAGUGGAACAGGAAAGGAAAUUACAUCCUUAGCGCAGGUGUUGAUAAGACAACAAUAAUCUGGGACGCAAGUACUGGACAGUGCACGCAGCAGUUUGCUUUUCACACAGCACCGGCCCUUGAUGUUGAUUGGCAGACCAACACUAGUUUUGCGUCCUGCUCUACAGAUCAGUGCAUUCAUGUCUGCAAACUGGGCUCUGACAAACCCAUCAAGACAUUCACAGGGCACACGAAUGAAGUUAAUGCUAUCAAAUGGGACCCACAGGGUGUACUCUUGGCCUCUUGUUCAGAUGACAUGACGUUAAAGAUUUGGAGCAUGAAACAAGACACGUGUGUUCAUGACCUGCAAGCUCAUAGUAAAGAGAUAUACACCAUCAAGUGGAGUCCCACAGGGCCUGGAACAAACAAUCCUAAUCUCAGCCUUAUCUUGGCUAGUGCGUCCUUCGAUUCAACGGUUCGGCUCUGGGAAGUGGAGCGGGGUGUUUGCCUCUACACGUUAACCAAGCACACAGAGCCAGUGUACAGUGUGGCGUUCAGCCCCGACGGGAAAUACUUGGCCAGCGGAUCAUUCGACAAGUGUGUCCAUAUCUGGUCAACGCAAACUGGGAACUUGAUUCACAGUUACAAGGGAACAGGAGGCAUUUUCGAGGUUUGUUGGAACUCCAGGGGCGACAAAGUGGGGGCUAGUGCAUCGGAUGGCUCGGUAUUUGUGCUCGAUCUGCGAAAGUGAUAAUGUGCCUAGAAGCGUUCACAGCAUAGAUCACUAUUCCGCUUUGCUUGGAUGUGCAAAGGCGCCUCUACGGUCAAACGCUGUCUUGCGCCCAGGAACAACGAGCAUCACGAAAACGUGGCCGGUUGGUUUUGGGGCGGAGAACAUCAUCAGGGGUCCAGAAGCAAAGCUUCAUCAACACUUGCAUCACAGUACUUUGCUUGUCUCCAGUUGCUGCAUUAUCAUCAUGUCCAGUGUUGCAUUGUGCAAUGAAGGAACACUUACCUUUUUGUGCAGCUGGGAUUUCAUACUUUUUAGGUGACUUGAAAAAAAGUGAUACUGUUGUAGUAAUACUUUUAAGAGUAUAAAGAGACUAGGCGUCAAUUAAUAACAAAUUCAAUAAAGGCAAAAUUAGUAGCUUUCCUUUUUUUUUUUUUUUUUUACAUUGACAUCACCUUUGCAUUGUUGAGUUUACACUGACAUUGUGCUCAUCACCCAGUUCAUCAGCCGUCUUUCAUUAUGAGAUGACAGUGCUAUAUACUGACGAAUGUUGGCUUCUCCACUUAGAUGUAACGCUCUAUCGGGAGGGUGGGAAAGUUGACCCAUUCGGCGAACGCUGGUUUUAAGAGUGUUCUUAAAGGGUUCUUACAUUUCCUUGGUAUUGCUGUCCAGACAUUCUGGAGAGACUGCUAAGUUAUCUGCUCUGUGUACAUAGUGUAGGUGGACAUAGGUUAGGGGGGCAGGAGGGAUACGGAUGAUGUUUACCUUUAUAUUUUUGCCUGUACAUACUGCAGUGUUAAUAGGUGACAGACAUGUACACACUGUGAGGACUGAGAGAGACACUCGUGAAGAAGGGAACGUCGAACAGAUUGUGUCGGAACAUUUUUCAGUUCUGGAGCGCUAUUACCUUUCGGCAUUGCUGUUUAGCUCCUUGUUUUAGGAAGGCCAUACGCUGCAGGGAUCACUUCCCGCAAUAUUCCAACGAAGGUUAUUCGACGCCGCGAAGUCCAGCACAUGGUUGUCCGCGGGAGGGAGGGAGAAAAAGGAAGUUCAGUAGGCGACUCAAAAUUGAAGGACAAUAAAAUUUGAAAUGAGGAUUGUUUUCUACAAUGUCUUUUUGAGGAAUAUCCCCCUUGUAUCAGUCCCCCUUUUUAGAGUGCAGAUUUAUGCGUCUGCGAGCUACGGACCUCGUACUGUGAAAAGCAGAAAAGACGUUGUACAGAUCGGCAUCACCACCGUUCAACGAUACCAAAUGUUCAUCGGGUUGUGGACGACAGGUGUCCGCUGUGGAAUCCAUCCAUCCAUUCAUUUUAUACACUUUAUGUAAUGUCACAUGCGGGAGAUGAAUGUACAUAGGGGAAAUACAUUGCUGGCAGUUCGGGUGCACCUUUUUACGACGUGGUAACUUUCACUGUAAAUAGGUUUCAUAAAGCAUUUCUCUUUUGUAGCAUCAUUUUGAUCUCAACGCGCUACUCAUUUCACUAAAUUUACGUCGGCCAUAUGCCAGCUUGGUGCAAAGAGGGUUACAGGGGGGACAUUCGAAACAUCCAGCCCACUGAGGACUGCAUUCAAAGUUCUAUCGUUCCUACUAUUUCUCGUGAACCUGAAGUGCAAUUUUUAGGCCAGAAUCGGUUGACAUUCUUGUAGUCCUACACGUUGAAUUGCAUUGAUUAUAUGUUGGGCUCUGAUACUUGCGGUGUUUUCAUUUGGCAAAACUACGGAGGGGAGGGGGGGGGGGGGAGUGCUUACCAGUGUUUUCAAUUUCUGGAAAAUUUAGCGUUUUUUGGAAUUCCCGUUUGCUUUGACACCUCCGAAAACACAAAAUUUUCCAGAAAUUGCAAACUUUGGUGACUCUGAAAGCUCUGAAAACUCGAAGUGAAAAGUGUCAAAUGAAAGCACGGAAAGGUCUGAUCCCUAAUCAUAUGUUACACAGUGCUGGCAUAUAAUUGUCCUCUGUGCUUUGAGGUCUUCAUCUUGCAGUUUCUUAAAAAUAUCCUCUUUCUGUUUGUUUUGCUCGGGAUCAAAAUCUGCAGCUUCUGCGGCCGUGGGGCUUGGUUGUGCAAAGAAUGUGUGGAGUUAGAAUUUGCGUUUAUGCAUGGUACUAACACUUCCUUGCAUCCAUUGGCAGUCGGGAUGAAUGACACUGAGCCACAGCUGUGUUUCAAAAAGUAACGCAAGGUACAUCCGUUCUAAGAAAGAGGCUAUUGAGUAAAAGAGGCUGUGAAACAUGUGGGAUCGAUUUAACAGAAAUGGUGAUUACAGGUGAUAUGAUGUGAAAUAAAUUGCGACCUUGUA